AGGGUAAAGGAUAGCAGUUAACUCGUCAAUGAAGUGUUUUAUUGACGUGGGUACUUCAGAAACUGAAAAAGGUUUGGCUUUGCAUAAGUUGAUGGAUUGAACAGAGAAAGAAUGUAGGUCCUUGCCUCAGUUUGAUCAUCCCUCCUUUUACUUUACUUUUGUUGCAUUGCAGGCUUACACAGUCAUGUCUUAUCAAUGCUAUGCAUUUAUCUGCAUAUACUGCAUUAACCAUUAAACUCUUGUGGAAAUGUGCAUUGCCUUUUAUAGUAACCCCUUUGUCUUUCCUCAUCUCACUCUCCUUUUUCCAUGCAAACUAACACUGUCAUACUCACAAUUGCAAAUUUGGGAACCCAAAUGAGACAGCAAGCCUUGUCUUUUUUUUUUCUUUGCAGCCUUCAGUGCUGACUCACACAAAAAAUAAAUGAGAUGCUUAGACUCACCUUUCCAUUCUUCUCCUUUGCCAUCAACACUAUUCAAGAAACCUUAUUAUAUAGAGAAAGUAGUGGAUCUUGGCCUUUUCAAUUCCCUCCAAACCACUAAAUUUUGCAACUCCAUUUCGUGAGUAAAAAUUUUCCAAGCUUGACCUUCUUCUAGUACUCACACAUUGUCUCAAAAACAUAUGGCUUCUCUCUCUUUUCAUCUUGUUGUGUUCCUUUUGUUUGCUUGUGAAAUGGUGGGAAUGAGAAGCAAUAUUGUACUUGGGGAAGAAAUGGUAAUGCAAGAGGAGGAGUUGUUGGGGUUGUUUGAAGUUAUGCAUACUCUUGUGGAUGACCCUGACUGGGCCCAAGCACACCCUCAACCAUGUACUGACACUCCAUGGCCUGGAAUUGAGUGUGAAGUUAGUAAUGAACCACAAAUUUUUCAUGUCACAAAGAUCCACAUUGGUCCUGAUAUACUCUCCCCACCUUGCAAGUCUUCUGCUUACCUAUCUCAGUCCUUGCUCAAACUCACUUACUUGAAAACACUUUCAAUUUUCAACUGUUUUGUUUCUUCACCAGUCAACCUACCCUCAACUCUCUUUGGUCCUUUCUCUACCUUGGAACACCUGGCUUUGCAGUCUAAUCCAACACUCUCUGGAGAAAUACCUCCAAGUUUGGGUGCUGUUGCUAGUCUUAGAGUCCUGAGCCUGUCCCAGAACAGCUUCCAGGGAAGCAUUCCUAGACAGAUUGGUGGUUUGGUUUCUUUGGAGCAACUUGAUCUGAGUUAUAAUAACUUCAGUGGUCAAAUCCCCAAGGAAAUUGGAGGUUUGAAAAGUAUUGCCAUUUUGGACCUAAGUUGGAAUGAAAUUGAAGGGAACCUUCCUAGCUCUCUUGGACAACAUCAACUUCUUCAGAAGAUGGAUUUGAGCUCAAACAUGCUUACUGGAAAAAUACCUCCUGAUUUAGGAAACCUCAAGAGGUUAGUCUUGCUUGAUCUGAGUCAUAAUUGUAUUGGUGGGCCUAUUCCUGAAGCCCUUUCAAAUUUAGAACUUUUAGAAUAUUUUCUCAUUGAUGACAACCCCAUCAAAUCAGAGAUACCCCACUUCAUAGGGAACCUUAGCAAGCUCAAGUCAGUGAGCUUCUCAGGGUGUGGAUUGAUUGGCUCCAUUCCCAAUUCUUUCUCCUCCUUGAAGAAUCUCACAGCUCUCUCCCUAGAUAACAAUAGCCUCAGUGGAUCAGUUCCUCCAAAGCUAGCUUUGCUCCCAAACUUAGAUCAAUUGAACAUCAGCCACAACAUGCUGAAUGGAGUUCUUCAGCUCCCUGAUGAGUUCAUUGGAAAACUUGGUAAAAGGUUGGAUGUAAGAGGAAAUACGGAACUUUGCAUCAGUAAUAAGCCAAAGAAGAAGAAUUUGUCUUCAUAUUUGGAAAUCUCCUCUUGUGUGAACAUGAAGCCAAGAAAUGGCAAAUCUUAUGCUAAAGGACCACCAGAAGAUCCAGCAGGAAUCAAGCCAUCUUUGUACCGAAGCAACAUAAGUAAUUCAAGUUCAUCAUCAUCAUGGCUAGAUCUACAAGUCAUAUUUUUUCCCUUGGUUUUAAAUUGUAUCUUUAAUUUGUUGUUGUGACACUACUGGGAAUGUAUUUUAUAAAAUUACUCA